AUGGCGCAACCAACAAUCACUGAACUAGCUGCGAUAAUAUCGGCAAACACUGCCAAAAUCGACAAUUACCUGAGCAGCCAAGGUCUAAAGCCCCCAUCAUUCGAUGUUGCCGCCCCUACUGAGCCACUCGUCCCUUCAAAUGCUCCUGAACUUGAAGCUGCUCGAUCAGAGCUUAUUGAUGCAACGUUGAUGCUUCAUGACCUCAUUCUUGGACCUAAGGAGUAUUUGAUGAAAUUCACCCAUGAUUGGCUCAUAAGUAUGCAAGCAAUUGGUCGCUUCAAUAUUGCGAAAAGCAUUCCGAUUCAUGAAGAAGUCUCUUAUGCCGAUAUCGCAAAAAGAUGUGGCGUCAAUGAGCUUGACGUCCGUCGUAUUCUUCGUCAUGCCAUGACUUUACGCCUAUUCAAGGAACCAAAGAGGGGCGUUGUUGCUCACACAGCUGCAUCCAGGAUGAUAGCAGAAGAUCAGCAAAUGGCUGAUUGGGUCGCGACCACCUCUGAUGAGCUCUGGAAAGCCGCAACCCAGACAGUUAACGCUAUGGUGAAGCAUCCGGGAUCCCAAGAGCCAAAUGAGACCGGGUUUGCACUUGCGAACGGUACGGAUAAAUCUGUAUUCGAAGUUUUGUCCCAAAAUCCACCACGAGCAAAACGUUUUGGCAGUGCCAUGAAAGCUUGGACAGAGGGUACAGGAUACGAUCUUCAAUAUGUUGAUAAUGGUACUGUUGUUGAUGUAUGCAAUGUCCCUGCGAUUUUUGAUUUAUCAAUCCCGCUAAUAAAUCAACAGGUCGGUGGCUCGCAUGGCUUUGCCUGCACACGACUUGCGAAAGCAUUCCCUGACCUCAACUUUAUUAUUCAAGACCUUCCACCAGUGGUUGAAGCUGGUGCUAAGACUGUCCCCUCGGAGCUUUCAGACAAAAUCAAGUUCAUGGCCUAUGACUUUUUGAAAGAACAGCCUGUCAAGAAUGCGGACAUCUAUUUCUUCCGAUGGAUUUUCCACAACUGGUCUGACAAAUACUGCAUUCAAAUACUGCGCAACCAAAUUCCCGCUCUCAAAAAAGGUGCGCGCAUUGUCAUCAACGACAAUGUGCUGCCGGAGCCUGGAACAAUGCCAAGAUGGCGCGAGGAACGUUUGAGAUCCAUGGAUCUCACAAUGUUGGAGUUACAAAACUCGAGGGAAAGAGAAUUGGAAGAUUGGGCUAAACUCUUCGAAGAUGCGGAUCCAAGGUUUACAUUCAAGGGAGGGAAGCAACCUGCUGGCUCUAACCUUUGGAUUUUGGAAGCUGUUUGGGAUGGAGAUUCUACGACUCAAUAG